AGUGUAGUGUAUUUUGUUGUUCAGGUUCAGUUGGUGAGUGUGUGGGGCUGCUGAUCACCAUUGGAUGCGGACAAGUACAAACCAAAAACUGCGAUAUUGGGUUUUUGGCUUGAGUCGCAACCAUGUCUCGGGGAUCCAUUGAAAUCCCUCUGCGGGACACAGAUGAGGUUAUUGAGCUUGACUUUGACCAGCUUCCAGAGGGAGAUGAAGUCAUCAGUAUCCUCAAACAGGAACACACACAGCUGCACAUAUGGAUUGCACUGGCUUUGGAGUACUACAAACAAGGCAAGACAGAAGAUUUUGUCAAGUUGCUGGAGGCGGCACGCAUUGAUGGAAACCUCGAUUACAGAGAUCAUGAGAAGGACCAGAUGACCUGUUUGGACACACUAGCAGCUUAUUAUGUCCAGCAGGCUCGAAAAGAGAAGAAUAAAGAUGCAAAGAAGGACCUCAUCAACCAGUCCACUCUUCUGUACACCAUGGCAGACAAGAUUAUCAUGUAUGAUCAGAACCAUCUGCUGGGAAGAGCUUGCUUUUGUCUCUUGGAAGGAGAUAAGAUGGAUCAGGCAGAUGCUCAGUUUCAGUUUGUGCUUAACCAGUCAACAAACAACAUCCCUGCACUCCUGGGUAAGGCGUGUAUCUCCUUCAACAAAAAGGACUACAGAGGAGCUCUAGCCUACUACAAAAAAGCUCUUCGCACUAAUCCUGGCUGUCCAGCUGAGGUGAGACUAGGAAUGGGCCACUGCUUUGUCAAGUUAAACAAACUGGAGAAAGCUCGCUUAGCAUUUGGCAGAGCUCUUGAGCUCAACUCCAAAUGUGUGGGAGCUUUGGUGGGUUUGGCUGUUCUGGAGCUCAACAACAAAGAGGCCGACUCCAUCAAGAACGGUGUGCAGCUGCUUUCCAGAGCCUACACCAUUGACCCCAGCAACCCUAUGGUGCUCAAUCACCUCGCCAAUCAUUUCUUCUUCAAAAAGGACUACAGCAAAGUGCAGCAUCUGGCUCUUCAUGCUUUUCACAACACAGAGGUGGAGGCUAUGCAAGCAGAGAGCUGCUAUCAGUUAGCUCGUUCCUUCCACGUCCAGGAGGACUAUGACCAGGCCUUCCAGUACUACUAUCAGGCCACUCAGUUUGCUUCGUCUACUUUUGUACUGCCCUUCUUCGGCCUGGGCCAGAUGUAUGUAUAUCGUAGAGACAAGGAGAAUGCUGCGCAGUGCUUUGAAAAGGUCCUGAAAGCUUAUCCCAACAAUUAUGAAACCAUGAAGAUCCUUGGAUCACUCUAUGCCACAUCAGAUGACCAGGAGAAGAGAGACAUUGCUAAAGAACAUCUGAAAAAAGUCACAGUACAAUAUUCCGAUGAUGUGGAAGCCUGGAUUGAGCUCGCCCAAAUUUUGGAACAAACAGACAUUCAGGGUGCUCUUUCAGCUUAUGGCACCGCCACUCGUAUCCUCCAGGAGAAGGUCCAAGCUGAUGUUCCCCCUGAGAUCCUCAAUAAUUUGGGAGCUUUACAUUUCAGAUUGGGAAACCUUGGCGAGGCCAAGAAAUAUUUCCUGGCUUCUUUGGAGAGAGCAAAAGCUGAGGGCGAGCAUGAUGAGCAUUACUACAACGCCAUCUCCGUCACAACCUCCUAUAACCUGGCCAGACUGUAUGAAGCCAUGUGCGAGUUCCACGAGGCUGAGAAACUCUACAAGAACAUCUUGAGAGAGCAUCCCAACUAUGUGGACUGUUACUUGCGUCUUGGAGCGAUGGCACGUGACAAAGGAAAUUUCUACGAAGCUUCCGACUGGUUUAAAGAAGCUCUUCAGAUCAAUCAGGACCACCCUGACGCCUGGUCUCUGAUUGGUAACCUUCACUUGGCAAAGCAAGAGUGGGGUCCUGGGCAGAAGAAGUUUGAACGCAUCCUUAAACAGCCCUCCACUCAGAACGACACCUACUCUAUGCUGGCGCUGGGCAAUGUAUGGCUACAGACGCUGCAUCAACCCACUAGAGACAGAGAAAAGGAAAAGCGUCACCAGGAUCGAGCUUUGGCGAUCUACAAACAAGUUCUGAGGAAUGAUUCCAAAAAUCUGUAUGCUGCCAAUGGCAUAGGUGCUGUGUUGGCACAUAAGGGUUAUUUCCGAGAGGCACGAGAUGUUUUUGCCCAGGUCAGAGAGGCAACGGCAGAGAUCAGUGAUGUCUGGCUGAAUCUCGCACACAUCUAUGUGGAGCAGAAGCAGUACAUCAGUGCUGUGCAGAUGUAUGAAAACUGCUUGAAGAAAUUCUACAAAUAUCAGAACACAGAGGUACUGCUCUAUCUGGCCCGAGCGCUCUUCAAAUGUGGCAAGCUGCAGGAGUGCAAACAGACUCUUCUGAGGGCUCGGCACGUGGCACCCAAUGACACAGUGCUGAUGUUUAAUGUGGCGCUGGUGCUGCAGAGAUUGGCCACGCUGGUGCUGAAGGAUGAGAAGAGUAAUCUGAAAGCUGUAUUGAGUGCAGUGAAAGAGCUGGAGUUGGCUCACAGGUACUUCAGCUAUCUCAGUAAGGCUGGAGACAAAAUGAGAUUCGACCUAGCGCUGGCCGCAAGCGAAGCCAGGCAGUGUUCCGAUUUGCUAAGCCAGGCUCAAUACCAUGUGGCCCGAGCUCGUAAACAAGAUGAGGAGGAGAAGGAGCACCGCGCCAAACAGGAGCAGGAGAGAGACCUACUGCGGCAGCAGAUGCUGAAAGAACAGGAGGAGAGGAAGAGCAAAGAGGCCGAGGAGCAGAAGAAGCUGCUUGAGCAGAGAGCCCAAUAUGUGGAGAAGACCAAGAACCUGCUCAACUUCUCAGAGGCAAUGAAAGCAGCAGCAAAGGAGAAGAAGAAAGCAAGCAGUGGACGGCGCAAGAAAGGAGGUGACUUUGAUGACUUUGUCAAUGACGACUCUGAUGAGGAUCUGCCAAUCAAGAAAAAGAAGAAGAAGAAAUCUGGGAGUGGCAGUGAAGUUGAGGAUGAAGGGGAGGACGGAGAGAAGAAACCCCGUAAAAAGAGGAAAAGACCAGCUAAAAGAGAAGAUGAAGGUUCAGAUGAUGAGGAAGGAGGCUCAAGGCCUAAAAAGCAGCGCAAGCCCAGAGACCGCAAGAAGAUUGAAAAGCCCAAGCCAGAGCGCAUGCCGCCGUCUCUUAAAGGGAAGAUCAAGUCCAAGGCAAUCAUUUCAUCUUCUGAUUCUUCCUCUGAUGAGGAUGGUCUAAAAAUAGCAGAAGACAGAAACCCCAGGGACAGCGGCUCUGGCUCAGACGACGACGACAACCACCACAACGAAAGGCACAGGAAGCGUAUUGCUUCUGACAGCGAUUCCAACGAGGAGCGCAAUCAAUCGGGCAGUGAGCCAGGCAGCCCUCAACGCUCCGGGAACUCAGACGAGGAUGAGUCUGGCAGCGAACGCCCGGUGAAAAGGAGGAGACCACAGCAGCAGUCCGACUCUGAGCAGUCAGACAACGAGAGCAAAAAGAGCCGCUCCGAAGGGUCUGACGAUGAAUCUCCACCUGGAUCUCCAGCCGCCGCUUCAGAUCGAGGCUCAGAGAACGAAGGCUCUCCGCAGAGGUCCGAUAACGACUCUGAGCCGGAGGGGUCCAACAAUGAAGCCUCCAACAGAGGAUCUGAUGAUGACAGUGACUAAAUUUACUGACCGUUGGUCUGUUGAGGAAAAAAGAAAAGCCUUUGUUCUUGUAAUGUUCAGAUCAUAGUAUGUAGUUAUGUCUUCCUGGAUAAUGUUUUUCAGAUUUUACACAAUGUUUUUUUUUGUUUUAUUUUUCAGAAAUGAGAACGGUGUUUUCUGUUCAGCCUUUUGAGUAAGAAAUGUUCAAAACCUCUUUGGCAGACGCUUUUUGUUGAGCAUUACAGCUAAUAUUCAGUGCUCUAUAGUCUAAAAGGACAAUCACAUGUUGUGAUUAAGAGUUGGUGUACAAUAUGAAAUACCUUUGAAUAAAAAGCAUUUUGAAACUUUUCUA